AUGGUGCUCGCGGCCCCGCUGCUGCUGGGCUUCCUGCUCCUCGCCCUGGAGCUGCGGCCCCGGGGGGAGGCGGCCGAGGGCCCCGCGGCGGCGGCGGCGGCGGCGGCGGCGGCGGGGGCCGGGGGGGAGCGCUCGAGCCGGCCGGCCGCGUCCGUGGCGCCCGAGCCCGACGGCUGCCCCGUGUGCUUGUGGCGGCAGCAUAGCCGUGAGCUGCGCCUGGAGAGCAUCAAGUCGCAGAUCUUGAGCAAACUGCGGCUCAAGGAGGCGCCCAACAUCAGCCGCGAGGUGGUGAAGCAGCUGCUUCCCAAGGCGCCUCCGCUGCAGCAGAUCCUGGACCUGCACGACUUCCAGGGCGACGCGCUGCAGCCCGAGGACUUCCUGGAGGAGGACGAGUACCACGCCACCACCGAGACUGUCAUUAGCAUGGCCCAGGAGACGGACCCUGCAGUGCAGACAGAUGGCAGCCCUCUCUGCUGCCAUUUCCACUUCAGCCCCAAGGUGAUGUUCACAAAAGUACUGAAGGCCCAGCUGUGGGUGUAUCUACGGCCUGUGCCCCGCCCAGCCACAGUCUACCUGCAGAUCUUGCGACUGAAACCCCUAACUGGGGAAGGGACAGCAGGGGGAGGGGGCGGAGGCCGGCGUCACAUCCGUAUCCGCUCUCUCAAAAUUGACCUGCACUCGCGCUCUGGCCACUGGCAAAGCAUCGACUUCAAGCAAGUGCUACACAGCUGGUUCCGCCAGCCACAGAGCAACUGGGGCAUCGAGAUCAACGCCUUUGAUCCCAGUGGCACAGACCUGGCUGUCACCUCCCUGGGGCCGGGAGCUGAGGGACUGCAUCCUUUCAUGGAGCUUCGAGUCCUAGAGAACACAAAACGGUCUCGGCGGAACCUGGGUCUGGACUGCGAUGAGCACUCAAGUGAGUCCCGCUGCUGCCGAUAUCCCCUCACAGUGGACUUUGAGGCAUUUGGCUGGGACUGGAUCAUCGCACCUAAACGCUACAAGGCCAACUACUGCUCUGGCCAGUGCGAGUACAUGUUCAUGCAAAAGUACCCGCACACCCACUUGGUGCAACAGGCUAAUCCAAGAGGCUCUGCUGGGCCCUGCUGUACCCCCACCAAGAUGUCCCCAAUCAACAUGCUCUACUUCAAUGACAAGCAGCAAAUUAUCUACGGCAAGAUCCCUGGCAUGGUGGUGGAUCGCUGUGGCUGCUCCUAAGGUCGGGGACAGAGGAUGCCCCCCCCCACAGACCCUACCCCUAGACCCCCAGCUUUGACCCCCUCCCCCAGGCCCUAAAGCUCCCUCCACCUCUUCUGAUGAACAUCACACCUUGUUCCCUGCCCAAGCAGUGUGCAAUACAACAGAGGGAGGCAGGUGGGGGAUUGAGGGGUGAGGGGUUUGAGGGAAAGGGG